CAUGCUACCCGGAGUCUAUCAGAGUCAGCUGAAAUUUCAUAACAGUACUUCGCGGCUCCCAACAUCAACAUCUAGUAGAAGAAAAUAUUCUCAUAUCAAUAAUGUUAAGAUUAUCAAAACAUCCUCUGUACACAAAAAUUCUUCAUAGCACACAGUUAAGAUAUGCGCAUCACACAAAUCACUACGAGGUAUUGAAGCUCCAGUCGAAUUGUACACCCAAGGAAAUCAGAGAAGCAUUCAUUAGACUUUCAAAAGAAUUGCACCCGGAUGCCAACGUAAGCAACGCCAAUAAGAAAGCCAACGAAAAGUCGUUCGUGCAGCUGUUGGAAGCUUACAAAGUACUGAGCAAACCAGACACUCGAUCCAGCUAUGAUUACGAGUUGGCACUGAAAGCGCGACCGCAACCCCAUCCAGGAGGAAGUCAUAACAUACACAAUCAGCACUGGUAUCCGAAUGCAUCACACUAUCAUACACCAGAUCCAAAUUCUUUCUACGGAAUUAAAGGUUUAAAAAAGGUUAGCAAUUGGACGAUCGUUUGGUAUUGUUUGGUGUUUAUGGUCUUGGGAAUAGUAGUGCAAGCAUACGCCAUAAGUAAAUCGUUCACAUUUAAACGAGAACAAUUGGAUGAGGACUCACGAAAAAAUUCUCUCAUGCUUGCUAAAGCCCGUGCAGAGGCACAGAGCAAUGGAAACGAUGCUCAACUUGAGCGAAUGAAGGCCAAAUUGAACAAAGAAACAAUGUGGUAGCUGAAGUAAACUGGAUGUACAUACCUCAGCCAUACUUAAAGGUGCUGAUUGUUGGGAUGCCCUACAUUUUUUUUACUUUUGAUUUAAUAGAUUCAAACGAACAAUUGUCAUCGUAGGAAAAUUUUGUAAAUAAUGAACACUGUUAUAUUAAAUUUUGGCCAGAUUGA